AUGGAGAGCGACUGUUCACGAAAUUCGGAGGAAAAUCUAGCUAUGUUCGAUGGAUCUGAUAUAGAAAGAAGGUUCCUUGAAGAGAAGGCGGAAAUUGUUCGAGGAUUUCUACAGGAGAGAGAGAUUGCUGAUCGCGCCCACGAAGCCGAGAAAAAUGAUAUGCGUUUAGCUUUUGAAGUGGAAAAGGAAAACAUGAGAAAAGCCUUUGAAUGCGAGAAAGAAGAAAUGCGACAUAAUUUCUUGAAAGAGAAAGACAGCAUCCGCUUGGAAUUUCAGGAAUCGAGACACGUUUUGAAGUUGUCUUUCGAAGACGAGAAAUCUGCAUUGAUAAAAUCAUGGGAUCGUGAAAAACAGACUCUUCUUGACAAUUACAUCAAAGAGAAGGAGGAAUUAAGAGCGCAAUUUGAGCGAUUUUUAAGGGAGAAAGAGGAAGGAUUUAAAGCCGAAAAGGCUGAAAUGGAAGCGAAGAUUCGCAAAGAGCUUGAGGGAAUCGAGGAAGUAAAAAAUGAGCUGAGGCGGACAUUGUCGCAGGGCUUGGGCGAUCUGGAGAAUGUUUACUUCGAGGAGAACGCGUAUCUCGAGACCCUCUAUAAUCACGAGCAACCAGAGGUUGAUAUGCACUUUAAAAGUAUAUCAGAUGCCGAAAUGAGCCUGGAUAAAGAGGAGCUGUUGAAAUCGCUCAAGCAAGAGAAGACCAAAAUGCAUUCUCACUACGCCAAUAAGCACAAGCUAGUUGAGCACCAGUUCGCGUUGGAAAUCGUUGACAUGGAACAGAGGUUCAAACAGCAAAAGAACUAUUUAAUGAACAUUUUUAGAAGAGAAAAGUCGGACAUGGAAAAGGGCUUUAUUAAAGAAAAGGAAGACAUCAGACGUAAAUUCGAGGUGGAAUUUCGCAGAAUGCUUCAACAACAGAGUUGA